AUGCAGCUUAACCUUGUCGAAGCAAAACGAUUUCUUCCUCGUUUGCGAUGCAAGAAGAACCAGCCCGGCGAAUUGAACCAAGUCAGCGCGAUCAGCGAACAAGCCUGGUUAAGUGCUGCCUACUAUACCACCGUACCACCCCUCCUCCCCUCGCCGUCGACGCAAGCCAUGGCACCAUCCAGCGAGUACGCAGUGAGCGGAGGAGGCCGGCUGAAGAUCAAGGGCUCCAAGGUACAAGACGGGCGUGUGGAUAAGAAGAAGAAAAAGAAGAAGAGAGAUAAGGAGGGAGACGUUGCUAUGAGAAAGGAGGAAGGGGAGGAGGAGGAAAAAGCAGACGCAGCUGUCGGUGAAGCAUCUAACGCAAAGGAAGAAAAGGAUAGACGGAGUCGGAGUGUUAGUGAGCUUCUUGAGGGUGAUGACGGCAAGACUGAAGCUGAGAGGAGACAUGCUGAGGCAAAGAGGAAGAGGCUCAACGAACGACUGAAGAGAGAGGGUGUCAAGACGCAUAAAGAGCGGGUGGAGGAGUUGAACAAGUACCUCAGCAACCUGAGUGAACACCACGACAUGUGA